AUGAGUCUACACACAGAGUCUACGAGUGGCAUCAAAUCUAGAGGUAGUCCGACACCAGCCGAGGUGAUGUCGAAAUUGUGCCACUACAACCACCACUAUCACAGAAAUGUGCGCGCUGGUAAUAUGCAUAGUGACACAAACACAAGGGGCUCUGAAUCUAAAACUAGAUUUACUCCACCUCCUCAUACCCCUAUAGAUAACAACAACAACCACAAUAAUACGCAUUUCAGCAACCAUAGUAAACCCACCACUUUAACUUUUAACGACAACCAAAGCAACAAAAAGAAUUUUGACAACCACUAUAACAACCCCAACCCCAACCUCAAUCUCAAAAGGGCAUCUGAAAAAGAAGCUACUAGUGCCACCAACCAAGACCUGCAACUGAUGCAACUAAAGCACCUGAGGCACCUGAAACAACUUUGUCAGAAACAUAGCGCACAUGAGGAGUUACAACCAACACAAACUUCCAACUCUAUACAAUCACUUGAGACCCUUGAGCAACAGCAACAACCAAAAAAUUUUGCUCCUCCAAGAACACAGCCAUUAGUUGAUAUAAACUUGGUUUCUGACAAGGAAGAAGAUAAUGAACAGAACCAUGUAGAGCAAGAUGAGAAUAAGCUAAAUCAAGGAGAGCAAAUAAACAAUGGGCUUCUGCAUCUCGUUGUUGCACCAAAGCCUGCUAGUUUCAACCAAAUGCAGCAGAGACAAACACAAUUGGCAUCCACACCAGCAUUGCCACACGAAAACAAAAAGAAACACCAUAGAAGCCCUUCUUAUACAUACGAUCUGAGCCUUUCAUCUCCAUUUUUUGGUCCCAAAAACAUUUCAUCAUCGGCGGCAGCAGCACCAGCACCAGCACCAGCAUCGACAUCGACAUCGACAUCAUCCACUGCUGCUUCUGCUUCUGCUUCUGGUGCUCAAAGCAACUUAAACAUUAGUGACAAGCAAGAUCCAUUUUUACGUCGCUUAUCAGAGGAAGAGUAUGAAAACUUACCAUUAUCCAUCAAGUUUAUUCACAAACCAUCGAGAUCAAGAGAUUUCUUUGCAAAAUCAAAUGAUCCAACUAAAGCAAAUAGCAUUUUAAACAAGAAGAUUACCUUAAAUGACGAUGAAAAUAAGAAGACAAUAAGAGGAAAUGAAGUCAAUGCUUCUCCAGGUGUAUCUCCAAAAUUAUCACCUAAAGUGUCGCCCACUACCACUGGUGAAGAUUCUCGGUCACCCAGAAUUGAACAAGGUCAUGGAAAUGAAAAUGACAACCACAAUAAUUCACUUGAUUAUUUCAAUCACAAACCACAAGUGUCAAGAGAAGAGGAAGAAGAAGAAGAGGAGGAAGAAAAAGAAAAAGAAAACACUGUAAACCAUCAGUUGAAGCAUCAACAGAUUCUGCCACCUAUUAUUUCAACAUCGACAUCAACUUCACCUACUCCAGCUACUAACUCCCCCAAUAUGAAUCCGCUUUUAUCUCCAUUAAGCCAAGAAUAUCGUUUGGUGCGAAAAAAAUCUGGUGAGUUGGUUAAGCCUUCAUUAAAGAGUCCAUCGAUGUUUAACCUUGACCGGUUACAAGGUAGACCCAAAUCUUUACCCGCAACACCAACCUAUAAACAAGUACAUUUUGGUGGUGCGACCAAUGUCAAGUACUUUAAAAAGAAAGAUACACCUUCGGCAAUUUCAGCUUCAAAUUCGCCACUAGCAAGCCCAGAUAGUUCUACUUCAUCUUCUACUUCAUCAACAGAUGAUGAGUAUGAAAAUGAAGAUUAUGGAAAUGACAUUGACGAUACCUUGAUGCAACACCAACACCUUGGCCACCAUCGUCAUUUUCAUUUACAUAAUUUCAGUCUUGGUGAUACAAAGUACCCAAGCUCGUCUCCUGGAAACGGUGGGCUUGGAUCUCUGAAAAGUGGACUCCAACCUACUUGGGAGUUGCAGUUGACUAAUUUUCCACCACUAUCCUAUUUGCGCAGGAUUGAACAACAAACACCAGUUUUCUUGGAAAGAUUGUUUAUUUCCGGUGAUAAGAAGUAUUUGAUGGGACACAUUGCAGUCCGCAACCUUGCGUUUGAGAAAUUUCUUACUGUGCGCUACUCUGUAGAUAACUGGAUGACCAUUAUAGAGAUACCAACAAAGUACACGCCUGAUAAAAUUGAAGUGUUGAAACAAAACAAUUAUGACCGAUUUGUGUUUAAAAUCCCAUUAAACAAUAUGUUUAAUAGCUUCAAGUACUCAAAGAAUACGUCAUCGACUGACUCAUUGAUGGAUGACGAAGAUGACGUUAAUAUUAGUAAUGAUGGAAGUGGUGCAGCUGGUUUUGCCUCUGAGGAAAGUGCAUUUAGAAAAGUGAGGAAAUACCAGCUCUGUAUAAAGUACUAUGCUCAGGGUGCUGAAUUUUGGGAUAAUAAUGAUUACAAAAACUACGAAAUUAAACUUAUAAAAUCAAUCACUCCACCACCUGCUUCUCCUUCGCAUUUGCAAAAACAAAAAGGUUCACGAAAUCCUAGUAGCAAAAAUUCAAAGAUUCAAGAACACGCAAAGAAACCACGGUACUCUUCGUCAUACCUUAAGAGAGUCAUGUCAGAUUCUGAGCUAGAAUUACUGAAUGGAAACAGUAAUAAUGCUGCCUCUGUCAACAACUCCAACAACUCCAACAACUUUGAACCUAUGGCUUUUGAACAAGGAUUUAAUUCUAUACCAAAAUCACCUGGUUCAGAUACCAGUGACUUUAUAAAUAACAAUUACUAUCUUUCAUCGCCACUACUUUCGUCCAUCUACAACAGCAAUACCAAGUCAUUGGAUGGAAAAUAUCAGGAUGUCGAAGAAUACUUGAGAAGGAAUGACAACUCUAGUAAUGGAAAGAGUAUUACGCAUAAUAAUCAAAACCCAGAAAGUAAAAAUAUUAUUAAGCCUCCAAUACAAUCACCAUUACUCCCUGAACCCAAAUACAAGACAAAAUUUAGAGAUCAAUUGAAUUUGGAACAAAGUGUCGAGUCAAAUAACCCGCCGAAUACCUCGACUGGAUCUAAUAAUGAAAAUAAUUCUGGUGGAAGUAAGACCAUUGCUGGUGGGUUGAUGAAUACCAAAUCCUACAAGGAACUACUUGAUAAUUAUUGUUUUUUUAGUACAGGCAGCGGUCCAGAUAGCGGUGUGGGUACAGAGGAAAAGACGGGAAUUGUUUCCCCCACGGCAAAUGAAGAUUUGAAAACAAGGGAACAACAAACUUUUACUGUUUCAUCUUUCUUGGGUACUUGA